AUGGCGAGCAAGAAGUCUCAGCAGGAGAUGGUGCAGGUCGGGAACAAUGAGCGAUCGGCCUCGCCUUUUUGGCGGAAUCGACCGUCAGUCGAGCGGCAGUCCUCUGGCACCAAACCAACGAAAGUCAUAGGCGCCUCCUAUUCGCACGCCGAUAUGCUGAAGUUUGACUCGCUGUCGCUCGGGUCUGGCUCACGGCCGCAGACGCCGCCUACGACCUCUUCGAAUCGAGCAUCACCCACACCUCCGGUCAACCGAUUCCAGUCGCCCGGCCGAAAGCCGUAUGGUGGUUUGGGCGGCUCCAGUCUGGGCAGUUGGGAUGUCAUCAACUCUCCUGACGGCGACGACGACAUCACGUUCAACGACGAGGAUGAGGACGAAUUUGGCCUGCCCAGUCUCGAGAGCAUGCGCAAGAGAAGGAAUGUGAAGAGCCCUGGUUUUCCUGAUCUGUCGCCCCAGCCAAGUCACACGAGCUCGCGAUAUGGCCAGUCGUCGAUGCUACAGCAUGUUCGGUCCAGCAGCUUCGAUAUUGCCGAAGAAAGGAACCCGCUGUCAUAUCCGAGCGCGAAGAAAGGUGAAGGCAAGAUUCUAAGACCACAGUAUAAGGACCUGUUGAAGGAUCCAGCCAAUUCAUUGCAUCUGAUUGAUCACCCGACGAUGGCUGCGGGCUCCGAUGCGAAAGCAGCCGAAGCACACAACACUCGAAUAUCUCGCAUAAACAAGUUCAAGAGAAUAUUACAAUCGAGUUCCGUAUCAAUGUCCGAGAUACGGUCCGCGGCGUGGUCUGGUGUUCCGGACGAGGUGCGUGCUGUAACAUGGCAAAUACUGUUGGGCUAUCUCCCCGUAAACAGCGAACGAAGAGUGGCAACACUAGAGCGUAAACGAAGAGAAUACGCGGACGCUGUCAAGCAAUCUUUUGGAGCCGGCACGACAGGUACCAAGAACGGCACUGGAUCAGGACUGGCCGGAAUGGCUUCCAAUCCUCCCGUCACCACUGGUCGUGGACGUGGACUAGACGAAUCUAUUUGGCACCAGAUCAGUAUAGACAUCCCACGCACGAGUCCGCAUAUUCCUUUGUACCAGUUUGAGGCAACUCAGCGGUCGCUCGAGCGUAUACUGUAUGUCUGGGCGAUCCGACAUCCUGCCAGUGGAUAUGUGCAAGGUAUCAACGACCUCGCUACGCCGUUCUGGCAGGUGUUCUUGGGCAUGUAUAUCACUGAUCUCAAUAUUGAGAGCGGCAUGGAUCCUGGUCAGUUGCCGCGGCCAGUCCUGGACGCUGUAGAAGCGGACACAUACUGGUGCUUGACAAAACUACUCGAGGGGAUCCAAGACAAUUACAUCGUCGGCCAACCUGGAAUUCAUCGCCAGGUUGCCGCCUUACGGGAUUUGACCACCCGAAUAGACUCCACGUUGGCGAAGCACUUUGAAGACGAAAGUGUAGAGUAUAUGCAAUUCAGCUUCAGAUGGAUGAAUUGCCUUCUGAUGCGGGAGCUGACCAUCCGGAACGUCAUCCGGAUGUGGGAUACUUAUAUGGCUGAGGAGAACGGCUUUUCUCAGUUCCACUUAUACGUCUGCGCAGCAUUUCUGGUUAAAUGGUCUGACCAACUACUGAAGAUGAGCUUCCAGGAGAUCCUGAUGUUUCUGCAAGCUCUGCCGACACGAGAAUGGACCAAUAAGGAUGUCGAGUUACUUCUCUCCGAGGCUUUCAUCUUCCACAGCCUCUUCCACAAGAGUAAGGCGCACUUAAGAGGAAGCAGCAAUAAUGAGCUCAGGAUGGGUGGGCUUGGUCCGCCUGGGUAG